CCCGCGCGGGGGUUUCGGACAGGCCGUUUGGGGAGGCGCCGGGGUGGGGCAUGUCGCGACUGGAGCCUGUCGCGACCGGAGCCGGUCCCUCCCUGUCAGGUUGCUGGGCGCUUGGGACCGGCGCUGUUAGGCUGGCUGCCGGUCCGUAGAGCAUCCUUACUCGUUGGCUUUUAACCACGUAUUUACUCAAAUCCAGAAUGUCGAAAGAGCAAACAGAUCAAUUCUGUAAUGCACUGCAAAUACGUUUUGCUCGGGGGAAUUAAUUGACUUUUAUGCUGCUUAACAAAGUUUCAGCACUAGCUUUAUUGUGUGAGUGCUGCCGAGUGACUAUUUAAGUUGUCAUAUUGCCAUUUGUCUGAGGUGUGAUGAGUCUCCUUAGUGAUUUCAGCAGAAGUUUGGUUGCCCUGCUGACAGCAAAGCACGCUAGGUAGAAAAUGAUUUCAUUAACGUGAAAUCCUUCUGCGCCGUACCUUUUAACCGAAAAUGGCAUUUAUGGAGCUACCUCCCUCCCUUGUGCAUCCGGUAUCUUCCCUUGCCUUGGUGUCACAGUUAAUCGGGAAAACAACUAUGCUGCUGUAAAGAAGUGUGUCUUUUAGUAACGUCCGUGGGAGCUGAGGGCUCUGAGCCCUUCGCAAAGCUGAGCCCAGGCUGUCUCCUACGGAGCGGGCGUUGCAGGCAAGGGCGUAACAGGAGGGAGGCUUGGCUUGGCUACGGGCGUGCGUCGUGCCCCCCGGUCUACCGCUGGUGCUCGAUGGAGCUCUAGUCCGUGCUGAUAGAUGGCGUUCCUCAGGCAAAGAGUUUAAACUCUGGGAUUUCCUACCCAAAAUGAGCUGGAACGCUCUUGUCUGUCAUCUUGCACUUUACUUCUUUGUCCAUCCGCUACCCGUGCUGUAGGAUUGCUUUUCCUUCACUUAUUUUUUUUUUCAUUUGGUAGAAAUAAAUGUUGCGUUGCAGCUUUUGAUGGAGACAGCUGACGACUGUAGCAAGCCGUAUGUCAGAGCGAGUCCCGGUUUCCUGAAACAUCUGCAAGAGCCCGAGCCGGAGCCGCGCGUGGUAAAAAGACGCUUGUCGCAGGCACGCCACCGGGCCAAGCUGGCAGGACUCUUCAACAGCUUGCGGGAAACUGUUUUAUCUCAGUCAGACAACUCGGCCUCAAAGUGUCAGGUUUUGCGUAAGGCUAAGAAUUAUAUCCAGGAGCUGGAGCAAACCCUGGGCUCUUUGCUGAAGAUGAAAGAGUCCUUCAGCCUGGAGGAUGGGAGCCCGUCCAGCUUGGAGGAAGUCAGGGAGGAGUAUGUCAAGAGGCACUUCAGCAAUCACAGCACUGCAUCACCCUCAGAAACCAUGAGUGAGAGUGGCUCUACAGUCUGGUGUUUGAUUCAAGAGCAUGAAAAAAACACAGCGGAAGAAGAUGCGAAGACGGGACUUAUGCAGUCCCCGGCCACUUUGUCCCCUGAUCUGGUGGAAUUUGAACGGUAUCUGUAUUUUUAUAAGCAGACAGUAGACCUGCUGAUAGAGCAUGGGAUUGUUUGCACUGAAGAGGUGCCUCUUCCUGUGGUCUCCACGGCUAUUUCCCACCUCUGGCAAGAACUUUCCGAAGAAAGGAGGGACAGCAUCUUGCAGUACUGCAGUCAGAGAGAUUUCCUCCUGGAUCCCCAGGCUCCCUGCCAAGAGCCUGCGUGUGCCGGAGGCAGCGUGAGGGACAGCCGAGGUAACAGUGAGGAAGCCAGUGGUUCCUUGGUCUCCACACAGGAGGAAGUAAUGUUUGAAGAUGCAUUUGAUGUUGCUUCUGGUUUCCUUGACAGAAAUGAGACUCAGGGAAUGUCUAGUCAGAGUUCAGCAUUUGGAAGCUGCACUUCUGAAAAUCCAGAGGAUCACCACAGACUCUAUCUGCAGAUCAUUGACUUCCUAAAAAGCCUUUUCUUUGCUAAUACGCCGUUUUGUCAGGAAGAAGCUCUUCAGUUCGACUAUGAGACCGUGAUGCUGAGAUGCACUGAGACCUUCGAUGAUGAAGAUUUGUAAAUAGUACCUGUUUGCUGAUGUUUUGCUGAGCAUUGCUGGGUACACCCGACAUGAAGAGACUGCGCCUCUUUCGGUGGAAUGCCCCUCCAAGGGAGCGUAGAGGCACUGUUGAAGUGAUUUGUUGCUGUUGACUUCCCUCAUCAGUGCUUCUUGAUAUAUCAGUUGA